AUGAAGUUGGUUCCUGCGUGGACCAUGAUGACACGCAAUGCUAUAUUCUCUGCUCGAAACCCUUCACAUUUCUUGGAGGUCACGGCGCUCUUCUGUAUACUACUAGCGAGCGGAAGGGGCGCCCGAACCAACACAGCUUUUGUCAAUCCACAGAAUCCGCGCAACGGAUUGACUUUCACUUCAUCGUUCUCCGGUACCAGCCAACAUGCCGGCAGAGUGACGGUUAAUGAGGAGAAUUUGGCUUUACCCACUGGUUCCGGACUAUACCGGGAAUUUUCCCGACACGCUUGGGAAAAAUUACAAUCAUCGGGGCUUUUUGUGCAGGAACCGGUGGAGGAGGAAUGUGCGUCGAACACGGCACCUGCCCGUGGCCUUCCGUCCGGCAGUGUCGUGCAAAUGGAGGUCCAGGCAUUGCGCGGUUCCCUCCCCCAAGUCGCCUACGCUAGGUACGCCUUACUGGAAACUUUGAAAGCCGGAAAUGACGCGAAUGUCACGCAUCACGACGGAAUCCAAGUCUUGAAUUUGGUGAUCUUUCCCUCAACCACCACGGACCUACCAGUGUUCGGCGCCGAUUUCGUUUCUUUACCGGGGGGAAAGCAUUUGUUGCUACUGGAUGCCCAGCCAAUGACAGAAGAUGUACACUACGAACACUAUUGGAGUGAUUGGUACCAGUCGAACCACAUUUCCGAGAUUUUCCCCUGGGGUGGGGAUAUGCCAGAGGCGGUCCAACGCUACGUGUCGAGCAAGGCACUGUGGACACGUAUGGCAUCCAGCGAAGACAACGCCGGAGAGAAAAGAAAUCCUGUAAUCAUUAUUCAAACUGAUUUGAUGGCAGCUUUCCAAGCCCACUUGGAGGUGUAUAUACAGCUGCUGCACGAUUACACUGACUUGGAGUCGAAGGACAACUGGAGUGCGGAAUACCUCGACUAUCGACUUACCAAUGAUCCCGCUCGACCUAUGCUGAAGUCUUUGUACGGCGAGGAAUGGACCGAGCGCGUUCUGAAAACCGUGCUAUUCCCAUCGCCAUAG